AUGGGCUCCGGCCCAGAACCCGGUUUCCAGGAGGCCCUUGCACACCGGGCGCCCCCCAUCCAGCCUCGUGAACCAGCCGAAGGCGAGCUUCCCCCCCCCGGGAACCUGACGGUGAUGGCCCUGAACACCUGGUACACCAUGAGCUGGGACUGGGACCAGAGCUCAGCACCAGCCGGCAACGUCACCUUCACCGCGCAAUAUGUGGCGAAGUACCGGCUGAAGAUGAGGAGGAGGAACCCCUCCUGGGUGACGGUGUGUGGCGACUCGCCGGACAGCAGCUGUGAGCUGACCGGCUGCUCCCUGCACUACCUGGGCAUCUACAUGCUCCGGGUCCGGGCCUCUGCCGGGGGCCGGGACUCGGCCUGGGUGCACCGGGAGUUCUGCCCCGACAAGGACGGGGACUGGGGCCCUAAGGGGACUGGGACCCUGGAGGACUGGGACCCUGGAGGACUGGGGCCCUGGAGCAAUGGGGUCCAGAGAGGACUGUAUAACUGGGGCCCUAAGGGGACUGGGGCCCUAAGGAGACUGGGGCUCUGGAGGACUGGGGCCCUGGAUGACUGGGGUCCAGAGAGGACUGGAGUUUGA